UUAUUUAACUGUGUAGAUGACGCAAUGGCAACUGACACACGAACCCCCCCCCCAACCUGUUAACUCAAAAUAUACACAAUCGAAGGGCAACGUUUUCAAGUGGUCACGGCGUUUACUUCGUCAUCUUUAGCAACAAUGAACGAUAAGAUUUUGCCCUCCUUGGGGACCCUUUGUGGUGUUUCUUCAGGUGCGUCGAGGCCAAGAGCCUGCUUGACCCGUUAUCUUGUCGUGGCCUGUGCCGAGAUGAAGGAUUCAAUGUUUCAGUAUUAACUUCAAAGAAGUGUUGCUGUGGAAAUCAGUUGCAAGGCUUGAGGGUGAAAGCGUGCAUCAACACUUGUCCUAAUGAAGGCUCACAGGAGGUCAGAGGAGGACAUGGAGGAGAAAGGACUGAAGGACUAUUUUUGCGCCACAUGAACGUGUCAAUUCCACAGGAGAAGUUGCAUGGUGGGAAUGAUUUUGUUCUGGAAGUUUGCGGGAAAUUGGUGGGAUCCAUUGACCAGGUCACAGGGAUUCUGAGACUGGGUGGACCCUCUUACAUCACUGUAACCCAAAGCGGGAGCGCGCAGGCUGCCUCUGUAGGGGAUCCCAUCACAUUGCAGGCACAUGUGGCUGAUAGGCCAGUACCACAGUUGUGCUGGUUGUUUCAUCACCGGGAGCUGGACAAGGAGGUGGGGGUCGAGAGGAAUUGUGAGGGCCUGAAUGGCACCCUGGUAUGGAUCUUCCUAAACAAAGGAAUUCACACAGUGUCAAUGAAUGAUUCACACCAAUGUGGAUGGACAGAGAAGAUAAACAAUAUUGUGGUUGUGCAUCCUACAUUCCCUGACCUUUGUGUCACCACUGCUAACAUAAUUGACUGGGCUGUCAGGAUUUAUGUAUCACGUCAAAGUUAUCCAACUAAUACGGAUGUGACCUUCAUGGCUGAGACCGAGAUGUCUGAACCUCUUGAGUUUUUGUGGAAUUUUGGAGAUUCCACAUCUACCAGAACAAUCACCACGAACAUCACCAAAAGAUACCACUCUCCUGGGAAGUACAACGUAACGGUCGUUGUGUCUGAUGGCCACACCUCCUUUACCUCUGGAGUGUUGCCCAUAUUUGUGGAAAGAGUAGUGAAGCUAAACAAGCUGUUCCACCGCGCCUUUGUUCUUCGGAACCACAUGACAAUGGUGAGUUGCAGAGUCAAUUCUGGCACCGACAUUACCUUCCUUUGGAACUUUGGUGAUGGGACGUCAAGACUGGGACAAAGCACCGAGAAGCAUGUAUUCCUCAGGACUGGAGAGUUCCAAAUGGAAGUGAUCGUGUUUAACCGGGUUAGUUCUGCCUCCCUAAGCAGCAUAAUUUUUGUCUUAGACCACCCAUGUAAGCCUCCACCUGUCAAGAACAUGGGCCCCCUCAAACUAGAGGUGCGACGACACAACGUCAUCCAUUUGGGGGUGUCCUACGAGGCUGACGUUGAAUGUAACAUACUGAGGGGCCUCCAUUACACAUGGACGUUGUUUGACUCAGCAGGCCACAUUUUGCCUGUUCCAGAUGCUCACAAGCAGAGGCUUGUACUUCCAGGAAAUCUCCUGGACUACGAUAUCUACACUGUUAAAGCCAAGGUCAAAAUAGUUGACAGUGUGGUGUACAGCAACUACAGUGUGAGAGUACAAGUGAUGCCCAGUCCUCCUGUAGCCUCCAUCCAGGGUGGCACCAACAUCUUCAUUAACAACAGGAGCAUCACCAUGUUAACACUGGAUGGGCGACAUUCCUACAAUCCUGACUUCCCUAUGAAUCCAGUCAGUGUCAAAUGGAUGUGUGAACCUGUCAGCUCCAUCAAGACUUCCUGCUUUAACCGUCAUGUUGCUGCUUACUCUCCUGUGCUCACCUUUCCAGUGAGCUUCCUCAAACACAACUUUGACCAGUUUCGUUUCACACUGACCAUCCACAGUGGGAAUCUGUCGGCUUCCACGGAAGCAUUUGUCACAUUAACGCCAAAUGUAGUCGGAAGGUUAACAGUAUCCUGUAUUGAGUGUGAGGGAGACCAAGUAAACUGGGAUCAAUCUAUCUCGGUCAAAGCCAUAUGUGAAGACUGUGAGGUUUCCCCAAACUACACCCAAUACAUUUGGACUUUUUACAUGGUUAAUGCUUCCUCCAAACCUGUAGUAGAAGUCCCAUUUUGUUAUACGGUCGACCUCGGUGCCCCAGCCACUAUCAUACAGAGCACAUCCAUAUCCCAAUCAAAUCUUUAUCCGCAUCUUCCGAAUGCUUCCCACCAUGCUCGCAUGUUGCGUGUUUUCACUGAUUUGGCAGAACCUGUCCAUGGCACUUCUCCAACCACCAUUGAUGCAGCAGGAUCAGCUGUUGAUGGUCGUGUCCAUUUGGAUCAGAGGGAAAUUGGAAGUAAAUUUCCUAUCGAUUACGACUCCUCUAUAGACUGGGAUAGUGCUGACAGGAGAGAUGGACAAGACUAUGAUGUGCCCUUGCAAAUCACGGAAGGAGAUCCAGGAAUCUCAGCUGGGAGACCAACAGGUGUGGGUGUUCAGACCUCGACUCCAGGAGAUGACCCUUCGUUCAACACAGUGUCACAUGAACCUGAGGGGAGUAAUCUUUUUGAGUCCAGUUCCAGGCAGGUGAUUCGGGAACAAACCUUGCUUGACCUCCCUCGAGACUUGGUAGAGGCGGGGUUGUUUGCGUCCUACACCUACACAGGAUUUUCCUCCACGUUGCUCAGCUUCAAACCUUUUAGUCUAAAGCCAGAUAGCAUGUACAUGCUGGAGGUCAUUGCCAAAUCUCAAAAAAGUCGUAUUUUGGGCCGCACUCAACUAUUCUUGAGAACAAAGCCUAUUCCUAAAGGAAUGACAUGUCAGGUGUUACCGAGCAAAGGAGUGGAGUUUUACACACACUUCAGCAUCUUCUGCACCUCAGGAAGAAAGGACUUACUGUACGAGUACAGCUUUAGUGUUGGGAGCGAACCUGCUAGGAUGUUGUACAAGGGGAGAAACUUUGAGUACUACUUCAGACUUCCAUCCGGACAUUUCAAUGAUGGCUUUAAAGUCACUGUAUACACAAAAAUCAGAAGUAGUAUGUAUGGAUCAUCCACCAAAGUCUGCCCUGUAACUGUACAAGUCCUGCCCAGCUUUUUCAGGAAUGUUUCGUCAAACAAUCCUGAUGUGGAAUUGUACCAGUCGGGACUGAAGAACCUCUCUGCAUUGAUUCUACUUGGGAACAGUGCAGAGAUUUGCAACUAUAUCAGUUUGUUGUCAGGAAUCCUGAAUAGACUCAGCUCGGAUAGCCAGGCAGACCACCAUAUUCAGAGACAUAUACGUCGUGUGCUCAUCUGCACUAUGUGCAAAAUGGAAAGGAGUGACCAGGACUUAAUUGUAGACAACAUGGGCAUUCUGAGAGAUCUUUUACAAGUUACAAGACAGGUCACUUUAACAAGUCUCAUACAAGUGGCUGCUCACAUGGAAGCUAUCACAGCCGACUUUUCUCGACCCAGUGCACUGAACCAGUACCAACUGGACCAGAAGAUGCUUAACGCAUUGGUAACAGUGUUAUCAUACAGUCUGGAAGUUGCCGUCACUGUUCGUGAUGUCAGAGCCGAAACAUCGUACAUUGCUGAUGGUCAGUGCAAGAUGGCAUUUGAGCCACAAACUGGAGUCACCCCAGGAAAAAAUGUCACAGACUCUUCCAGUGAUGAUUUACGCAUGACACAGCAGCUGGAGGAGCUUGUGGAAAAAAUUCUGCAUACUGCAUCUGAGCUGAUCCUGAAGCACACCUUGUUAAACAGAAUUCAAGAGCACAGGGUGAAGGGUGGCUUCUUGUCUCUCUUUAUUACACACCAGAACUCAACCAUUACGGUGAUUAGCAGUGGUUCAGCAAUCUUUUACAUGCCUGCACCCCUGAUCCAUUCUCUCAGAGGAGAGUGUGUGCUCAUCCUCAUUGCUGAACUCAAGCACUCACCUUGGAUCUGGGCCCACUAUCCUAGCGGGAUAGGUGGACCAGUGUUUGACUUGAAUCUGUAUAAAUCCAACACGAGAAGACAAAUCUCAGUUCCACUGCUUGUUCAGCCAAUCAUUGUAGAGAUGCAACCAAAACAAGACAAAAAUUAUUCUGCUCAUGAGCAUAUCCUACUGCGAAACUGCAUCAACUACCAUAGCUUCAACAUUUCCCAGGAGCAUUUACAGCAGGCAAUCCAGUUGAGUGUGGCAUUCAUGCUGCCACUCAACCAGCCAUUUCCCAUCAUGCUACUCUUCAGGAUGUUUGCUAAACCAGCUUCAAGCAUGCACCACCUGAGGAGGAUUCACCGCUGGAAGACCAACACAACUCGCAUCACGCUCCCACCAUCCUCCCUCAAUGCCCCAGGUGUUGGUUACCUGGCGUUAUUAAACAGUGACUUUGCUAAGCCAAUCAGACACAAGCAUCUAAGCAGCCAGAUCAAGUACACUCUGGCAGUGGAAACCAGCCAGUGCUUGUCCUUGGACCGCUCAAAGGGGGCCUGGACGCAUCUGGGCUGCAGCACACACCAAGUAGAUAGAACUGAUGCUGUCAACUGCAGUUGUCACCAGUUGAGGACGCUAACUAUCGUGCAAAAGCAGAUUCAAAGUAGCUUUGAAACAGCCGACCUGGACCCAUUCCUCAGUGAGUCCACUAAUCUGACAGUCCUGGUUGUCAUGGUGCUGCUUGCGUGUCUGUACGUCCGAGCAUUUGCAAAAUCCUGGAGAGCUGACAUCAUCUCUAAGCAGAAUCAACGUGUCCACUACCUAAAUGACAACUGUCGACUGGACCCACAUCUCUAUGCAGUUACCAUCCACACUGGCCUCUGCUCUGCGUACCGACUAAGUGCAAAGGUUUACAUAGCACUGCAUGGUGUCAAUGGCAUCUCACAAACAAGAGAACUAUAUGUUCCAGGUUGUACUCUGUUCAGGAGGAACUCAAGAGAUACCUUUAUACUCAGUGCAGCAGAUAGUCUGGGUCCAGUGUGGGGGGUCCACAUCUGGCAUGACAACUCAGGACCUUCACCACAUUUUAACCUCAAACUCGUGGAAAUAUCUGAGGUGGGGCGAGUUAACAAGGAGGCACAAACUUGGCUCUUUGUGAGCCAGUGCUGGUUGUCCGUGAGUAAAGGUGAUGGAAAAGUGGAGCGAAUGCUACAUGUUUGUACUCGUGGAAUGGGUCUGGCUCAGAUGUUACGCCUCAAGUUGUGCGACUACCUGGCUGACUUCCAUAUGUGGAUCUCUGUGUACAGCUGCCCUCAGCCUCACUCAUUCACACACACACAAAGACUUAGCAUAUGCCUGCUUCUAUUUGCGGGGUAUGCGUGUACCAAUGCACUAAUCAUAUCACAAAUGGACGAUGUGGUGCCUAUGACUGCUGUGUCAGCUGUGUCUUUGACAACUGGAGUACAAAGUGUGGCGUUAGUGUUGCCGAUAGCAACAUUGAUAGCGUUCCUUUUUCGCAUGCAUGACAUAAGGCUGAUGAUGGCAGAGGAAGGAACACAGCCUGACCAGGACUCCGGUGAAGUGGACAAUAUGGGAGCCUUCAAGAAGAAUUAUAAGGAUGCAGACAAGUUGGUCAUGAAGGAUGUGAACAACAAGGACUGUGGAAUCCAGGCAGAAGUUAUUCAAAAAGAGAUAGCCCUUCAAGAGGAAGCCUUUUCCAACGGUGGCCGGGAAAGAGGCUGGUUUGUCCGGGAAGCCUCGUUUGAACAAAGCAGACAUCUUUUUAUUUUUGACAAGCUGAGUUGGAGGAAAGUAACAUGGCGCUGGUGUUGCUAUGUGGCCUGGACACUGUGUCUGCUUUUGUCCAUUGCUGGACUAGUGCCCGCUGCUGUGUUGGGACUCAGAUUCGGCAGGAGUAAACUGCAACUUUGGCUGCAUUCUCUCUUUAUCUCCUUGUUGUUGUGCAUCUUCAUGAUCCAGCCAAUUGUGAUCCUUGCAGUCAGUGUGACUGUCUCCAUUUGGUACAGAAAUAGAAUAGACUUUCAGCAUCUGUCCAGAAUCAUUUUUAGACCAGAAAAGCAGCACCCUUCUGCACUCCAAUCAGAGAGAUGCUUGGACCUUGAAAAGCUUCUUGUACAGCGCCACCGAGCAAGACUUCUUAGUCUUGUAUGUCCACCAACUGUUGCAGAGAUGAGGCUGACUCGAAGACACAGAAGACGUGAAGCUUUGAUUCAUAAAACCCUCAGGGAUUUUUGCUUCUUUAUCCCGAUGAUCCUCCUGAUGUUGUGCAUUUCCCAUAGCAAUUCAUUCAGCGACCACUACCGCCUCAAUAAAGCCAUCAGACAACAGUUUACUUUUGGGAGACAGGAGCCGGCAUUCAUUUCCAUACCGAAAUAUGAAGAUUGGUGGAAGUGGACGCAGACUUGUUUGCUUAAUUUACUGUACAAGAAUACCUCUGCUGCAAUGUCUGAUGUCUUCCAACAAUCGUACUUCCUGAUUGGCGAUCCGGUCGUAUGGACAACGCAGCUCAGCAAGAAAAGAUCAUUCACAUGUCCACCCUCACGUGUCAUUGCUGCAUGGUGUGCACACCUGAACUGCAACUUAGGACUGACUGCUGUAAUUAGACUCGGCCACACAAGGUCUGACGCUGCAUAUAGACUGAAAGCCUUGGAUUGUAAUGGCUGCAUAGUUCGGAAAGUGCAAUUCACCUUGUAUAACCCUACUCCUAACUUGUUCACCACUGUGACCCUGCUGGCUGAGCAGAGCCCCACAGGUACACCGUUGACCUCAGUCAGUAUCCAGACAGUGAAGGUUUAUCACACGACAGUGGGGGACGAUGCAAUCUCUGUCUGCCAGCUGCUAUUCCUCUGUUUGUCUUUGUUGCAUCUCUGCGUUCAAGUUGGCACUAUAUGGCAGGAAGGCCUGAUGGGUUAUUGCACAGCACUGUCAAACUGGCUGCAUGCAACUAUACAAAUAGUGAUCUUCAUAUACUUUUACCAUGAGAUCUACCGCUCUGUAGAGGCCAUUGAGGUUGUCGAGCUGCUGCAGAGAAACAACAACAAAGAAUACUUGGAUGUCAGCCUCCUGGCUGCGAGGGAACAACUUAUUCACAUGCUUCGCGGUGUUCUGCUCCUCCUCUUUACUGUAAAGUGUGUGACCAUCUUGAGACUGAACAGGUCUGCGACCCUCUUGGCCAGCUCAUUCUCAAACCUUAUCUCAGCUUUCAUACUGCUGGUCUGUCUCUGCUGCCUUCACACACUGCUCUAUAACAGCUUGGACCACAAGACCACUGGUGGUUUCCUCCAUUAUGAACGUUUAUUUCUAAGCUUCCGAACUGCCUGGCUUUUCUGUGCUGUAGUGACGAUGGCUGUCAGGUCCUCAUCAGGCAGUAUAAGGCAUCAAAGCAGAAAUGAAGUGUGUAGUUUGACAGAAUUAACCAGCUAUAUUCAACAGAUGUUUUGUGAGCUCAUUGGCCAUGAAAGAUCAACAAGGACUGCCAUGGAGAGCAAGACUUACUACCUGGAGGAGUUUGAAAGUUUAGUGGAUGAGCUUUUGCUCAGACUAAACAGGCUGAACCACUUACUACCUCUUAUUGACCAGCAUGUCCACAUCGAACAGAGCCCUGUAGACUCCUCUCAUGAGCCCACCUCUCUGAACAUUGCAAGAACACAUUUGACAGAACCAGACCCAAAGAUGAAUGGUCUGAUAUGCAUGAUUAACUGUGAAGACACGACACCUCCCUCUCACCUUCACAGAGGCGUUCAUAAGUAGAGGUACCUAUGUACUUGGCAAAUAAACCCAAACAAAGGUAAACUCAACACUACACUCUGGUGGCCAUUUUGGAAAGCCUAUACAGUGUUACCUCUAUUCCGGAAGUCGUUUCGUCAUGUGAAUUCUUCUAAGUAAAACCACAUUUUACAUGUUAAUAGCCUAAUCCGUUCUAUGCCCCCGACUCCCAACCACCACAUCUCUUCUUCUUUUCCUUUCGGCUUGUCCCGUUAGAGGUUGCCACAGUGUGCCAUCUUUUUCCAUCUAAGCCUAUCUCCUGCAUCUUCCUCUCUAACACCAACUGCCCUCAUGUUUUCCCUCACAACAUCCAUCAACCUUCUCUUUGGUCUUCCUCUCGCUCUUUUGCCUGGCAACUCCAUCCUCAGCACCCUUCCACCAAUAUACUCACUCUCUCGCCUCUGGUCAUGUCCAAACCAUCGAAGUCUGCUGUCUCGAACCUUGUUUCCAAAACUUCCAACUUUGGCUGUCUCUCUAAUGAGCUCAGUUCAUAUCCUAUCCAACCUGCUCACUCUGAGUGGGGAAACUCAACAUCUUCAUUUCUGCCACCUCCAGUUCUGCUUCCUGUUGUCUGGCCUCACCACUCUUUUAUAAACUUUGCCCUUCAUCCGAGCUGAGACUUUUCUGUCACAUAACACAGCAGACACCUUCCGCCAGCUGUUCCAACCUGCUUAGACCCAUUUCUUCAGUUCUUUACCACACUCACCAUUGCUCUGGAUUGUUGACCCGAGAUAUUUGAAGUCAUCCACCCUCGCUAUCUCUUGUCCCUAGAGCCUCACUCUUCCGACUCCAGCCCUCUUGUUCCCGCAUAUUCUGUUUUACUUUGGCAAAUCUUCAUUCCUCUCCUUUCCAGUGCAUGCCUUCAUCUUUCUGAUUGUUCCUCCACUUGCUCCCUGCUUUCACUGCAUAUCAUCAUCUGCGAACAUCAGGGUCCAAGGGCAUUCCUAGCCUCAUCUGUCAGCCUUUCCAUUACCAUACCAAACAGGAAGGGGAUCAGAGCACACCGCCUUUGUUCUUAAAAAUGGGAACUACAACCCUUUUCCUCCAUUCUUCAGGCAUCUUCUCCCCGACGACACUGUUGAAUGAGUUUUGGUCAAAAACUCCAUAGCCACCUCUCCAAAUUGCUUCCAUACCUCCACAGGUAUGUCAUCAGGACCAAUUACCUUUCCAUUUUUCAUCCUCCUUAGUGCCUUUCUAACUUCUCCUGACUAAUCAAUGCCACGUCCUGGUCCUUGCCUCUUCUACUCUUCCUUCUCUCUCAUUUUCUUCAUUCACUAACUUCUCAAAGUUCUCUUUCCAUCUAUUUAGCACACUACUCACACCAGCCAACAGAUUUCCAUCUCUAUCCUUAAUCACCCUUACCUGCUGCACAUCCAUUCCAUCUCUAUCCCUCUGUCUAGCCAAACUGUAGAGAUCCUUUUCUCCUUCUUUCAUGUCUAACCUGGUGUACAUGUCGUCAUAUGCCUCUUGUUUAGUCUUUGCCACCUCCACUCUCCUGCCUGUCUCUCUGAGCUCCUGAUGUCCAUCGAGAGCCUGUCUCACUUCUUUUCGAAAGGCUUCACAACAUCUUCCUUUCUUAGCUCCCACCACAUGGUUCUCUGCUCUAACUUUGUCUUCUUAAGAUUUCUACCCCACCACCAGAGACAUCCUACACACCAGCAUGCUAUGCUGUCCAGCUACACUCUCCCCUUCCACUACCUUACAGUCAGUAACCUCCUUCAGAUUACAUUGUCUGCACAAAAUAUAAUCCACCUGCGUGUUUCUACCUCCUCUCUUGUAGGUCACUCUAUGUUCCUGCAUCUUCUGGAAAAAAAAAAGUGUUCACUUACUGCCAUUUCCAUCCUUUUUGCAAAGUUCACCACCAUCUGUCCUUCAAAGUUCCUUUCCUGGAUGCCGUACUAACCCAUCACUUCUUCAUCACCUCUGUUUCCUUCGCCAACAUGUCCAUUGAAAUCUGCACCAAUCACAACUCUCUCUCUCUCUCUCUCUCUCUGGGAUGCUCAGGACUACUUCAUCUAGCUCCUUCCAAAAUUUCUCUUUCAACUGUAGGUCACAUCCUAUAUAGCCGCCCAUCACAUUAUACAUAACACCCUCAAUUUCAAAUUUCAGCCUCAUCACUCGACCUGAUACUCUUUUCACCUCCAAGACAUUCUUAGACAGUUCUUCCUUUAAAAUAACGUCUACUCCAUGGUAAAAUAAUUCAAACCCUGCUCCUAAACCUCUAGCCUGACUACCUUUCCACCUGCUCUCUUGGAUGCACAAUAUACAGUAUCAACCUUUCUCCUAAUCAUGACAACCAACUCCUGAGCUUUUCCUGUCAUAGGCCCAACAUUAAAGUUCCCUACACUUAGUUGUAGGUUUUGUGCCUUUCUGUUCUUCUUCUGAAUUUCCACCGACGUCUUGUAGGUUAACGGUGCCUGGGGCGGGCGUUGUUAUCCGGGCCACGGCCGAUCUGGUAUGAUAUUCUUUAGAUAAACGCUCAUAUUUGUUUGGCAGAGUUUUAUGCUGGAGGCCCUUCCUGACACAACGAUCUGCAUUUAUUAGGGCCUGGGAUUGGCCUACAGAUUGCACUGGUUUGUGCCCCCAUAGGACUGCAUUCCCAACCACAACACCCACCCUGCCAAAAAUUAGCACUCAAAACACAUCAUGUUAAGAAUAAUAAAAAUUAUGUUCAUUUACCUUUGCCGUUGGGCGACAAUGCGAAGAGAAGGGUGAGUAACAAGUAAAAGGCAUUGUGGGGGAUUGAGGAGGCGGAGGCAAACGUUUGACACCUGAGAGAAACCAUACCUAAGAAUGUAUGCACGCACACAACUUGAUUCCCUGCGUGGAUUUCUUGGGGCCCAUGGUGAAGAAAACUUGCAAAAAAAAACAAAAACUCAGAAAAACAUUGUAGUUUUCCAAUAUGUGCUCGCGUGAUUCAGUGACCGUCGAGUGUCCAAGGGAAACGCAAAGCAUCAUGGGUAAAGAUUGACGUCCCUCCGAGCCAUUGGGAUGUCAGAAAGAUGCUCCGGCAAUAGCCAUUGGGAGAGCAGCUCUAUCGCGCCACACAAACUACCAAGAUACAGGAUGUUUAUGUUCGGUGGAAUUUGGGGGCUCCGAUUCCAGUGCCUGUUUUUUCCUUUCAUAUCCUAAAUUUCCUUCGUAACUAGAGAGGUGAGACUUCCGAAGUGUUUCGUAACCUGAAUUAUUCAAUACUAGAGACGUUCGGAAGUAGAUGUACCACUGUAUUUGUCCAACACCAAACUCUUCCAACCAAAUACUUCCUCAAAAUAUGACAAUUUUGUUGUAGUACCUAAAAAUAAUUUGAGCAAGAUUCAUUUUCUUCAGAUAGAUUUGUUUUCUUUUUUAAUCACAGGCAGCCUUGUUUGCUUCAGGUCUAACGGAAACAGUUUGUAUUACCAUUCGAAUGUUUUGAAAAUGCUUGUAUGUAUGCUUGUUUUUUGUAUUCUGGCUUAUGUGUGGGGUAUUUAUAAAAAUACAUCAAUGGUGUUCUGAGAUAUCACAUCUUCGUUUGUAUAGAGCAGGGGUUGGGAACCUUUUAGGCUGAGAGAGCCAUAAACGGCAAAUAUUUUAAAAUGUAAUUCCAAAAGAGCUAUACAAUAUUUUUAAAAGUAAAUACAAAUGUAUUCAUUCAUUUUACGUAAGACCAACACUUUAAAUGUACAAUAAGUCUCUAAAUUCAUUUAAAUAAGAUUAUGCUGUUGCAAACCAAUGAUGACAAACAUAUUUCUUACCAUUAAUGUCACUUCUUUGCUGAUGGCUUUGUCGUCUGUUUCAUACGUCAUUAAAUUAAACUUAACGCAGCCUUUGAGAUUUCCAUCUGUUAUUUGUGAAUGUUAAUGUUCUUAAUGUUUUUUUUUAAAUGUAAGACUUUUCAUAUGCACAGGUAGAACCAAACAUUGUCAGUACAGCAAUGCCCACACGCCGCAAUGUGUGGUAUACGACUGGAAGUGCGUUACAAAUUUUCACACUCAGCUGGUCCGCAGGUUAAAUUUUUUUCAUUUCUCCCCACUUAUGUGCGCUUGCCAACAAUGCUUGCCGACAGAUGUAUGUUUUUAUGUUAAAAAAAAAAAAAAUUCUGGUGGUGGGCGAUGCAUAAGCACGCUGUUAUUAAACAAUGUUAUAAAUCACAUUGAUAGGCUACGUAAGGACUGUAACAUUUGUAAUUAUUAGUGUACCCCUUUAAGAGCUGAUGGGGGCGGUACGAGGUAAACCAGGAAGAAGAGCGUGUGGCCGUGCAGUAAAGAGAAAGUUACUUAAAAAAAUGUAAAGACGUCAUGCUGAAAGCAUAAAAAAAAAGUCUGGACGCACAUAAAUACUUUGUUACUGGAUCUGUUCUCAAUCAAUAAUAAAUCCCACAUGGUGAUGGACCCACUCAGAUUUUUUUCAAUACAAAUAUUUUAAUAAAUGACCCCUGCUUUUACAGAAACUUAUAUUCAUUAACUAUGAUUUGGGAAGAAAAAAUCCAGGACAGCGAGUCCGCUCUCCGUACACGGAAGCAUAUUUUUGCCAUACACUUACCUCCUUAAACCUUUCUGUGACAGAUGGUUUAUUUUUAAAUACGCAUUGUUCUCAAAUGAGUCAACUUGGCGUUAUAAAUACUUCUUAAUAAUUUGAGAUCGAGAAGAAUAAUUCCUACCUGAAAUUAAAUGAUUGCUACACAGGCAUGUCGUUGGGCACCCCGUUUAAUUGCCGAAAUCCAUCAAUUUUUUUUUUUUCUCAUCUAUUCAGUUGGCAUGCCAUAGAAUAAUCUAUUUGAAGAACUGUCUUGUCUCUUGUGACAACCAACAGCACAAAAUGUCUUGGGCAUUGUGAAAAAUCUGCUCCAGUUCCACGACUCCCACACUGCAGAGCAGAGUUGUUUGAACGGCAAUAUGGUGCCGUGAAAACGGUAACGUCACGUGCACGAUCUCUAUACAGUAUGUCGUUAUGAGGGCUCUGCGAGCCAUACGCAACCACCAAGAAUACAGUAUGCCAUAGUAUGUACAGUAUAAAUGGGCUUCAGGUUGCCAGUUUUGACCGCUAUGUGUUGCCAUAUCAAGCUAAUUUUCCCAAGGCCUUCAAAGAGACCCUGGUCCUAGCCGUGUUACAACUGUUUUGAAUAUACUUCACUCGCUGACCCACAGUAACAGCAUUUUUCUCUCCUCUCAUUGAACUGGGCCCCCUACAGUGCAGUGAAAAAUGAUUGGUCCCUUUCUUAUUGGCUCUACCGAACUUCAGGGAGAGCCUUUAUCCAUAAAUAAAGGAAACGUGCUAACUUGACAGUUUUCUGGUGUCAUC